GCUGGGGUCACUUCCUGCUCCGUCCCAGUCACCCUGAACUGGUCCCCGGGUCCUCAGCCUGGAAUCACCCCUUGAGAAGGACCCUAGAGUUCCCGGCAUCUAGCCCGCCCUCCCCCCAGGCAGGGCAUUUAAGGGGUUAAGUCCCCUGGGGCUGGAUUCUGCCUUCCGGCUUUUCCCAGACCCCAGAGCCAUGCUUGUGGCCUUGCCAUUAACCCUUUCUGGUCUACCCCGAGACCCUAAGUUUGUCCUCAGUAAGCACAGCGGGACACUUUUAAAACCUCCCGAGGCGCCUCCAGUUGCCAGACAGAGAUCCCCAAGCUCCUUCUCCCCCAAGACACAGGGUCCCUGGAACCUUUGAAGUCCUGAGCUCUGGGAUGGAGCCGGAGACAGUGCUGUGGGGCCCAGAUCUGCAGGGUCCUGAAGAGAGUCCCAACAAUGCUCCCAGAGGUACCGAGAGUGGAAAUGAAGAGGAGAAGUCUCAGCAGGAAAGUUCUGGGGAGGAGAUCAUCUUGGGAGAUCCAACCCAGAGUCCAGAAUCCAAGGACCCAACAGAGAUGCCCUUGGAGAGCCCCUCCCAGGAUGCCUCAGCCCCCCAGGACCUCCCAACCCCACUGGGUCCCUCCAACCCUUUGGACCAUCAGACACCUCUUGACCCAUCAGCCCCUGAGGUAGUCCCUCCUCAGUCUGAGUGGACCAAAGCCUGUGAAACUAAUUGGCAGUGGGGGACCCUCACCACCUGGAACAACACCCCAGUGGUCACUGCCAGUGAACCCAGCCUGCGGGAUCUGGUGCAGGGUCGCCCUUCUGGGGCUGAGAAGCCAUACAUCUGCAACGAGUGCGGCAAGAGCUUCAGCCAGUGGUCCAAGCUGCUUCGGCAUCAGCGCAUCCACACCGGAGAGCGGCCCAACACGUGCUCGGAGUGUGGCAAGAGCUUCACGCAGAGCUCACACCUGGUGCAGCACCAGCGCACGCACACGGGGGAGAAGCCCUACAAGUGCCCUGACUGUGGCAAGUGCUUCAGCUGGAGCUCCAACCUGGUGCAACACCAGCGCACGCACACGGGCGAGAAGCCUUACAAGUGCACCGAGUGCGAGAAGGCCUUCACACAGAGCACUAACCUCAUCAAGCACCAGAGGUCCCACACGGGCGAGAAGCCCUACAAGUGUGGCGAGUGCCGGCGCGCCUUCUACCGCAGCUCAGACCUCAUCCAGCACCAAGCCACGCACACCGGUGAAAAGCCCUACAAGUGCCCCGAGUGCGGCAAGCGCUUUGGCCAGAACCACAACCUGCUCAAGCACCAGAAGAUACACGCUGGGGAGAAGCCGUACCGCUGCACCGAGUGUGGUAAGAGCUUCAUCCAGAGCUCAGAGCUGACGCAGCACCAGCGCACGCACACCGGUGAGAAGCCCUACGAGUGUCUGGAGUGUGGCAAGAGCUUUGGCCACAGCUCCACGCUCAUCAAGCACCAGAGGACCCACCUACGCGAGGACCCCUUCAAGUGCCCAGUGUGUGGCAAGACCUUCACGCUGAGUGCCACGCUGCUGCGCCAUCAGCGCACGCACACGGGCGAGCGGCCCUACAAGUGCCCCGAGUGUGGUAAGAGCUUCAGUGUCAGCUCCAACCUCAUCAACCACCAGCGUAUCCACCGUGGUGAGCGGCCCUACAUCUGUGCGGACUGCGGCAAGAGCUUCAUCAUGAGCUCCACUCUCAUCCGCCACCAGCGCAUCCACACCGGCGAGAAGCCCUACAAAUGCUCCGACUGCGGCAAGAGCUUCAUCCGCAGCUCUCACCUCAUCCAGCACCGCCGCACGCACACGGGCGAGAAGCCCUACAAGUGUCCCGAGUGUGGCAAGAGUUUCAGCCAGAGCUCCAACCUCAUCACGCAUGUCCGUACGCACAUGGACGAGAACCUCUUUGUGUGCUCUGACUGCGGCAAGGCCUUCCUAGAGGCUCACGAGCUGGAGCAGCACCGUGUGAUUCACGAGAGAGGCAAGACACCGGCCCGGAGAGCUCAGAGUGACAGCCUGCUGGGGCUUGGGGAUCCUGCCCUACUGACCCCACCACCCGGAGCCAAACCCCACAAGUGUCUCGUCUGUGGCAAGGGCUUCAAUGACGAGGGCAUCUUCAUGCAGCACCAGCGGAUCCAUAUUGGAGAAAAUCCCUACAAAAAUGCAGACGGUCUCAUAGCACACCCAGCUCCCAAAACUCCUCAGUUCCGCUCCCCAAGGCUCCCUUUUGGAGGCAAUUCCUAUCCAGGUGCUGCGGAGGGUAGAGCUGACCCCUCAGGACAGUCCCUUAAAGUGUCCGAGGGUCAGGAGGGCUUUAGCCAAAGGCUAGGUCCACGCUCCUCUAAGUCCUACAUUUGUUCCCACUGUGGAGAAAGCUUCCUGGAUCGCGCUGUGCUUCUCCAACAUCAGCUCACCCACGGCAAUGAAAAGCCCCUUCUCUUUCCAGAGAGUAGGACUGGCCUUGGGGAAGGGGCAGGACCUAGCCCCUUCCUAAGUGGAAAGCCCUUUAAAUGCCCGGAAUGCAAAAAAAGCUUUGGCCUCAGCUCUGAGCUGUUGCAGCACCAGAAAGUCCAUGCAGGUGGGAAAUCCCAGAAGAAUCCAGACCUGGGGAGGAGAUCCUCUGUCCUGUUGGAGCAUCUUAGGAGCCCCCUGGGAGCCAGACCCUACAGCUGUUCUGAUUGCGGGGCCUCCUUCCUUGACCGACCGACCCUUGUCCAGCACCAGGAAACCCACACUCAAGAAAAGACCCCCACUUCGGAGGGUGGUCCUUCAGAGUCAUCCACCUUGCCCACAAACCAGGAAGGUGAGAGAGACGCCUCUACCAUGGCAAAGAGCAGCAGCCACAGGGAAGGGGAAAGCCCUAAGACUUUCUUGGAGGAAAAGCCGUAUUUGUGCCCUGAGUGUGGAGACAGCUUCACAGAAGUUGCAGCUCUUCUCCUCCACAGGAGCUGCCACCCAGGGGUCUCCCUGUGAAAUAGGUCUGGAGACCCAGGACCUCUUCUGAGAAGAUUCGGGGAAAGGAGGACAACCCCAUCAGAUUAGAGAGAAGUGAAGGGUAAAGACCCCUGGGGGAAAAAUAGUGCUUUUUGCAUCAGCGAUGAGAAACCCUAUAAAAUUGUUGGUGGGAACCACUUAUAAGGCAGUAGAGAAAAAUCGUUGGGUUAGAAACCCUAUGAAUACGUAGGAAAAAAAAAAAGCCCUUUAAGUCUGUAGCAGAAAAUUCCUGUAAACCAUAGUGGAUAAAAGCCCUAUUAACUGUAGGAAGAGGUUCUAAUAUGUCUGUAGACAACCCCAAUAAAUUGCAUCAAAAUCCUUAUCAGAACCCUGUAGGGCUAGGGAGGUACAGGGAGCACAGCACAGUACUGACUUGGGAGGGUGACCCUCCCCUACUCUUUUCAGGGUCCUCUCCCAUGAAACUAUGAGAGGGAGCCCCUCUCCCAGCAGCCUUGGACAAUUAGAAGAAAGUGCUUUGCUCAGCUGGGAAGUAGUAUGGGAACUGGGGUAGAACUGGAAAAAAGAAAAAAAAAAAAAAAAAAAAAAAAAAAAAAAAAAAAAAAAAAAGAGAAAAACAAUGAGGUGCUUUCAAACCCACAGAGAAGACAGAAAAGUCCGUCUCACUGCAUGGGGUCCUUUAGGGUUUAAGGCAAUCUUAGGUGAGUUGUGUGUGUGAGGACAACAACCCUGGAGUCCUUUAUCAGUAAGCGCCCCAAAGCGAACAAAAAGCAAAACUGUCAAGCUGUGUUAAAGGCUGGAGUUUGGGGUAUGUACAAAACGUUCUGAGUGUAAGAAUAUUGAAAAAAUAUUGAGAAACCACCUUAAAUAUUAGGAUAAUUUCCAUUUGUUUGGGGGGAAGCAACCCAAGGUGGAGAAGCUAUAUAGAUGGAACCCAGCAAACUCCUGGCUGGUUUCUCCCCUUCCUGGGAGCUUGUUAAACUUCAAGUGCAAGCAGAUCCCAGUUCAGACCACCAUGGUUCUCCUGAGACAGGCAGGACUACCUUUCCCCAGCCCAGCUGGAGAUGUCUACUCUGAGAGGCCUCCGGGAUUGCACACGGCCUCUGCCACAUUCUCAGGUCUCACAAUCAGGUUUUACCUGAAAUCUAACUGCCACAAAUCUUGCUGCAGUGGCAGCCUAUUUCCUCAAAUUCUGUCCUCAGUGGAAAGAACUGCUCGCUGCUAGUCAACCUCCAAAGAAUAAUUUCCUUCAGAGAUUCAAUGCAUGUAUGUGGUUGUCCUCCCUAGACUUCUACAAGUCUCUGAGAGCCACUUGUGGGUUCUCUGUGGUGACUAGGGACAGCAAGACAACAGAAUAGACAGCUCUGAUUAACCAGCAACAUGACUUUAAACCUCAGCCUUUCGUGUGAGUCAGCCUGCACACAGUAAUGGGUAUCCUGACAUGGCACAGACUGGCACAGAUGCCCUGAAGAGGCAAUGGAAAUUUGACCACCUUCCUCACCCCACCUGGAGGCCCCUGCAAUGGGGGUGACCCAACAUGAUCUUUGCCUGGGGAAGGGACAGGUUCCAUCCCCCGGCUCCUCUCUCCUUAGCCAGAAACCUUUGGAAGGAAAUGAAAGGAUAAGAAAUGCUCCCCUACCAGGCCCACCUCUUCUCCUUGGAUACCACAUAGUACUAUACUAGACACUUCAUCAACCCAGACAAACCUGUUACAUGACUGGGGCUGUGUGACAGGAGUAACAGUUGCCCUAUAAAAUGGUUGAAGAAAAGCUUCUUGAAACAUCCACAACAAAGAUUUCCCCCUUCCAACCCUGAAGACCCUUAAAAGAUGGAGAGGACUCUCUUCAGCACUGGGUUGCAAAGAAAGUAUCCCCCAAUCCAGUACUAGCACCAGUGACACAUUGUCCUGGAGUAGAACUGAGAUACCAGGGAGGUGGCUCUUCAGGAGUCCUGUGCCCAGAAAGGGUAACCUGGAUUCCUACAAAACUGUGGAAGAGGCCUCUAACUUCAUUAACCUAAAAGUUUAGAAAGUAGAAACCCAUCACCCUUCAUCUAUCCUGCCCCCAAAGGGAUGACCUUCAAAUUUUAAAGGUCCAAAAUUUAGACCAUUGUGGGAGAAAAAUGCCAGGCCUGCUAAGAAAAGCAGGCCUUACACAAUUAUGGGGAGAGCCUUGCUAGCAUCCAAUAAAGCCCAAAGUGCCAGGUACAGGAACACUGUGGAGACUGGGAGGAGUUUGUAAACUAACAAGUGAUGAUAAAGGGGGAGCCCUAUAAAACAAAGUAGAUGACUCCAAGUUUAAGCUCAUUUGUCCCUCUCUAAGAUGGUAGCAGAAACAAAGUUUAGAGAGAAACCCCUUAUAAAGCUAGAAGUGGAUUCCCUCAGGCAUAGGUCUAAUAGGCUGUCACCAGAAGAGUGCUGGGGGGCGGGAGCUUUUGGGGCUCAGAGGCCAGUCGGGGGGGAGGUGGUCAGUGUAGUCACAGCUGACUAUAGUUGAGGACUAGGAUAGCACAUACAUAGUAGGAUGCUUGCAUGCUGUGGGGACAGGUGAGGGCUACAGCCUUGACUCCAGGACUGAAUUAAAUGUGGAUAGCUGGUGGAUUCUGGGGCUUCCUAAUAGGAAAGGGCAGAGACGAGACCUCUGGGAUUGACCUGUUCUCUUGGCCACCUCCCUCUUAGGGCCAGCUGCACCUUGGGGGACUCUGUUGGCGGGACCAGAGCUCUUCUGACUGGAUCAGGAAAAAGUCCACCAGAACUGAGUCUGGAAAGCAUAAUACAGCCGACUCCAUGCCUGGGUCCAGAGUGUUCAGAAAUGCCCCUGGGGACGAGCCCAACAACCAUGGCAUAAGGAGUCAUUGGUGCAAGUAUAGGGAGGGGAGGAACCAAUCUACACUUAGAAACUUGAAACCGAUGUCAAAUAGGAACUCCAAAAGAACUGGGUAUGACUCCUGAAUAGGGGAAUGUGAAACCAUCAUGACCAAGAAGUGGGGUUCUUUGAUGCCCCCCCAAUCUGAAGUGAGAGGCUCUGACUCCCUUUGCCCCUACAAAAGAAGUCUCGCUCACCUGAUUUGUUCCUGUGGAGUGACGGGAAGCCCUACUUUUGAGUGUUGUGUGUUAAUAACAGUGUUGUGUCACUGGUGGUCAUGUUGAUUAGUUGAAGAGAAUAAAGGGAAUAAGACUUC